AUGGGUACAGCAUUAUUAAGAAUUGUAGCAAGGAGAAGGAAUGAUAAGACGUCUUUGAAUGACUUGAACAAUAAUAAUAAAAAUUUGGAGCUUGGUGAAUGUGUGUUCAAUAGCAAAGAACUUUUGUUGUUGGAAUCUCCACCGCUUGGAACUUGUCAUCGGUCAAAAGAAAUUUUUCACUCUUGCGAAAAGCGAAAAUCAGUGAAAAUAGGAAAAAUAGCUAAAACGUUAAAUCGGAAAAUCAAACACGAACAGCAAGUGAUAGUUAAGUACGAAACUUUUCCAUAG